UACCAUUUACCAUUUAGACGAGACUGGUUUUGUGAAGCGAUUCAACCGACUCAUUGAGAAGAUCCGACUCUGACAGAAUGAAUCAUUAAAAAAACGGACAUCGUUAGAACACGUGUUUUUGUAAUCUGGAGAACCGUCCUCUGUGAAGCUCAACAUAACAAUCUGCUCUCCAUCUGCGUUCUCGUGCUGUCCUCCUCUGUCCUGUUUAAGAAUGGGCAGUGUGUUGGCUGCAAGUGCCCCCAGCCCUCCUGCCCCAGGGCCAGGUGGAGCAGGUUUGGUGUCAGUACCUCCAGGAUUCACGAUGCCCUCCGUCUCUCCCAUCUCUGCGCCUGGCAGCUCUACAUCCGGGCUCCAGGAGACCGAACCUUCUCUUUCAAACCCCGGUGGCUUUGAAGAGUGCCACCGCAAAUGCAAAGAGGUGUUUCCUGUGCAGAUGGAGGGUGUUAGACUAACAGUGAACAAGGGCUUGAGCAACCACUUCCAGGUCAACCACACAGUGUUGUUAAGCACUCUAGCAGAUUCCAGUUACAGGUUUGGAGCUACUUAUGUGGGGACCAAACAAACAGGACCAGCAGAGGCCUUUCCCGUCAUAGUUGGUGACAUGGACAACACAGGGAGCCUAAAUGCACAGAUUAUUCAUCAGAUCGCAGACAGAGUGCGCUCGAAAUUUGCAUUCCAGACUCAGCAGCAGAAGUUUGUGAACUGGCAAGGAGAUGCUGAAUUCAAAGGAGAAGAUUUCACUGCUGCUGUGACCUUCGGCAACCCAGACGUCUUGGUUGGGUCAGGAAUUGUUAUAGCUCAUUAUCUCCAGUCUGUCACUCCGUCGCUGGCAUUAGGAGGAGAGCUGGUGUACCACCGACGGCCCGGAGAGGAGGGAACAGUCAUGUCUCUGGCGGGCCGGUAUACAGGCAGCAACUUUAUCGCCACACUGACACUAGGAGGAGCCGGAGCUCAUGGGUCGUAUUACCACAAAGCCAAUGAUCAGUUGCAGGUUGGCGUGGAGUUUGAAGCAAGCACCAGUAUGCAGGACACUAGUGUAUCAUUUGGAUACCAACUGGACGUCCCCAAAGCUGAUCUGGUCUUUAAAGGAUCCUUAGAAAGUAACUGGGUGGUUGGAGCCACGCUUGAAAAAAAGCUGCAGCCUCUGCCUCUGUCACUGGCCCUCUGCGCUUUCCUCAACCACAGAAAAAGCAAGUUCCAGUGUGGGUUUGGCAUCACCAUUGGUUAAUACUUCCUUGAUGCAUUUUACACACCAGUGCUGUUGCUGGUAAAACAGCAAAGAUUGGACACACUUGCAUAUUUAUCCACAUCAGUCAGUAAACAUGAAGCAAAAUAAAGUCAUAUUUUCUUGUUAGUUCCAUGUAUCAGACCAACUUUUGCAGUGAUAAUUCCAGUAUAUCCAAAAACAUACAUUUAAAAACAUCACUACUGCUUGAUGCAUUUAUAACAGAAACCAAGAGCAAAUACACACAUACAAUUUGCCUUUCAUUUUAUUUUUUACAUUCAUUUAUAAUAUAUUAUUUCCUUGUUUGUUUUUUGUUUUGUGUUUGAAGUAGUAGUUCUGGAUUUGUUUAUUUUCCCUACGCAAUGAGUAGGGAUUUUUUUCACAAUGAUUUUAAUCAUGUUGCUGGAUCUCUGUACUCAUAUAAAUACCUAUAGAAAUAAAAUAUAUGCAUUGCAAGUAUUGUGAAACAUGGAUAAAUUCUUAAAACAAACAUAUAUCUGUCCAGCAAACAGAGAUGCAUGUUUAUGAAUGUAUUUUUGUUGGUGUAAAUAUUUUUAUUUAGAGGUAGAAUUGUUUUUCUAAUAAAUUUGUCUGAUACCAUUGCAUUUAGAAACAUAAACAAGAAAAGAAGGAAAUAAAAUCAUGUGCUCUAUUCUAUGACCAAAUCUGAAAUUUAUGAUGGUAUUUUGCCACACUGUUAUAGUUUUUUUCCCACCACAUACUGUGCCUUCACAAACACUUUAUAAAUAUGUAUGUGUAUUGCCUAAUAAUCUCUCCACACCAAGUAUAGUGUGUGUAUUAUUUAAGUAUGAUUAAGUAUAAACCCUAUAAAUGAUAAAUUAGACACAUUGAAUGGUCAUAAUAUUGCCUGUAGCUGGUAUGAUUGCUUUACUAGCAUUAACACAGUCAUUUUUUUUUUACCAACCCCAUUGACCCUGUGUGUUUUUGUUCUUUUUGUUUUUUUUUAAUACAUGCCAGAAAAAUACAAAACAGAUUAGUUGCCCCAUGUCCCUUGGUUCCUUCUGAGUGAUUGCAUGUUCAGCAGAUAUCAGACUCUUUUUAAAUGCAGAUAAGUGUUGUGAUGAAGAGGGCAAUGUCCAAAAGGAUCCUCUUUAAUACCUGACUCAUCAAUCAUCAUUACAACAUCCUUACGUUAAUACGUGCAGACCAACAUGCAAAGACAGCGAUGUACCUCUGCACUUGAAGGAUUGUGAGAGCGUACUACUUUCAAUGUAA